AUGAAUACAACUGCAACAUCAACUACAACUGAGAUUCCUAAUGGCUUUUCCGUUGGAACUUCAGCUCCUUCAAGAAUGAUCACAUACGUUGUUCUUCAAUUAUGUCAACUCCUCUCUUUACCUGCUUAUGGAUUCGUUGGAUUUCAUCUUCUUAGUAGUCAAAAUCUGCAACAAAUGUUGAACAACCAUGCUAUCUUAAUUCUCUUAUUAAUUAACUUUAUUGUACUUACCAUUGAUUUAUCUUUCGUUUUGAAUUUCCUUCGAACAGGUGUUACUUCUCCAUCGACAAAUGCCACAUGCAUCAUUUGGAUCUUUAUUGACAUCUGCAUGUAUAACGGCAGUAAUCUGCUUAUGUGUUGGGUGUCUAUUGAACGGCACUUACUGACAUUUCAUGCAAAUUGGUUAAAUACAAGGAAAUGUCGAUUCUUUUUACAUUAUUUACCUCUUGGCUGUAUUAUUGGAUACAUAUUUAUAUACUACAUCUAUGUCGUAUUCUUUUAUCCAUGUGAAAAUAGUUUCAAUUUUACGUAUGCCUUUUGUGGUUAUCCAUGUUAUGUUUUGCAACCUGCACCAAGUCUUUUUAACAUUGAAACGUUAGUUCAUCAAGUGGCAUCAUGCUUCGUUAUUGGAGGAUUCAGCAUCGCUCUUUUGAUUCGCACUUUAGACUGCGUCGCAUUUGCGCGCAGUGGCCUUUUUGCGGCACAAUUGCGCGUAACUGCGCCGCAGUGGUCGCAGUCAGAGCCACGUCAAGAAUACUGCGCUUACUGCGUCGCAGUUGUGCGCAUUUGCGACGCAGUUACCGCAUUUGUCUAA